GCGGAAAUGGGCAUCCCAAAACAUAAUAUACCUCAGUAUAACCUGCGAUUGACGUCACUUUUGGAUUUGUGGCGGCGUGGAGCAUGGAGACAAGAUCUUGCCCGUCAAUGAAUGAGUUGCGGGGCGUGGCGCGUGUGAUGGGCAUGAAGUACUUUCGACACCUAAGCAAACUCGAGCUGCAUCAAGCGCUGCAGCGUCAGCUGCACCAAGUCGAGCGCGCGCAAGCAAAGGCUGACUUGCCCAAGCCAAAGGGAAAGGACGCGAAGGGGCGAGGGACCCGCCGGUUCUGGUGGCGAAAGUCCAAGAACAAGAACAAGGGGAACGCGGCAACAACAUCGUCGGACGUCCAAGUCCUGAACACGUUGGAUCCGAUCAUGCUCUCCGAGUUGGGACCGCAUACGUUCCAGUUCGUCCGUCCGAACGGAACGGUCGUCGUGUACAAUAUCGACACCCUUGUUCAGUACAUUUUGGCGACGGGCAACUUUUCUGAGCCGGAGACGCGGAUUGCUUUCUCCGACGACGUGUUGAAGCAGCUCGAUAAUGCGGUGCGUGACCAAUACCCUAUGUGUAUGGAGUCUCAUGUAGAAACUGCCCAGGCCACUGCCGCCGGCUUUAAGUUUGCCAGCGUAGUAACAGCGCAGCAACAACGGGCAGUGUUUGAGCAAGAAAGAAUCAAGCGGGAUGGGUUGUUGGGUUUGGAGCGAUGCAUGGGCGAAGUCGUCACGGAAAUGCUUCACAUUAUCGAAGACGACGACGGCGAGGAAGGCGAAAUGCGCUUGGUGAUGGACGUGUUUCCAUCGUUUGCCGAUCUCUUCAAUCAACUCAAGAGCAACGACCGGGAGUACGCGAGUCAUUGCCACAAGCACUACGUCGAAUACUUGCGCGGGCCGCCAAACCGCCCGACCGUGGACGAAUCAGGCCUGUUUGGAGUGGUGCUGGACUUUAUGAAGCAAAUGGCGGGCAAGGCGCCGACUGCCCAAAGAUACGGCGCCUAGUAGUCGAGGUUGAACAACCAAUCUAGCUUAGUGUAGACAGUAGUUAGUCCAUGUACGAGAGACGAGUAGGAAAGGGUAAGAGUCGUAGGGUAGUCAAUAGCAGUGGUUCAGUCGUUCGUUGCCGACCUGUAUCAUAAUGCAAGUAGUAGCAAGUUGUUCUAGUGCAAACUGUAGGAUACCCAAGUUUGGCUUGUUUAUAAUUCAAGUUCACUUGAGCCGUUGUCCAUGGACUGGGGCGUGAGCACGGUGACGCUGUCCCCCACAUGGAUCCAACACGGCGCCACCUCGUCGGUCGCGUUGAAGGCUGCAUAUUGGCCAAAGUGGAUUUUCCCUCGAUGCCGACGAUACGACGCCAGCUGCUUGAGGGGGGCGGUCCGGCUCGUGCCUGUGGCUUGGUUGAC